AUGGCUAACAAAGUGAAACUUCAAGAGAAGAAUGAGCCUGUGAUAAAGCCAACGAUUAUCCAGGAAAGCACUGUUUCCUCUGGAGCUACACAGUUCCGUAUAUACGUUGGUUCCUACGAACACAACUUGUUAUGUCUUUCUCUGAUUCUUGAGAAGGAAAAGACUCCAGUUUUCCAGCCUAUCUUCCAUUUCCAAGCACAUUCCCUCUCCAUCAAGGCAAUUGCAGCAGCUAAGAGAUACCUUGUUACUGGCUCCAACGAUGAGCACAUCAGAAUCUACGAUCUUCAAAAGAGAAAAGAAUUGGGGACCCUGUUGGGACACCAAGGCACGAUCACAUGUUUGAAGUUUUCAUCAGAGGGGCAUAAAGAAGGUGAAACCGCCACAGGAACAUCGGGCAAGUGGAUGCUUUCCGGUUCUGAAGACGGUAAGGUUAUUAUUUGGCGUACCAAGGAUUGGGAGCUGUUUGGGACGUUGAAAGGACAUCAAGGCCGAGUAAACGAUUUGGCUAUCCACCCAAGUGGUAGAAUUGCCGUGAGUGUUGGAGAUGAUAGAACUAUUAGACUUUGGAACUUGAUGACUGUGAAGAAGGCUGCCAAUUUAAAGAUCAAAAAUGACUGGCAAAAGGGUGAGUGUGUGAGAUGGUCACUGAAUGGUGAUUAUUUCCUUGUCGGUUUAUUGACAAAAGUGCUUAUUUAUAACACUUCAGACGCUCAGAUAGUCAAGGAGCUCUCGUUCAAGACACCGCUCAUGCAUCUGGAAGUUCGUCAAAUUGACAAUACUGAGUACGUUGUCGUUGGAUUGGGUAGCGGUGUAUUGGAAUUUUACAAGUUGACUGACCUCAUUGGGAAGGAGGACAUCGUUGAACCUGCGUUUAAACUCCAUGGACACACCAAGAGAGUCAAAGACUUCAAGUUCUUUGAAACCAACGGACAAUUAUAUCUCGUUUCUAUUUCAUCAGAUGGAUCCAUUGUGGUGUGGGACAUGGCUAUCAAGGACCAGGUUGCAGUCUACACCACUGGUGAAAGACUCAACUGUCUUGAAGUUACCGAUGAGACUGUCGAAAAGGCUGAGACCAUGAAGAGAAGACGUGAUGAGUUGGAUGAAGCAGAAGCUAGCGCAAGUGAAAGCGAGAAUGAAGACACUGAGGAGUUGAAAAGAAUAAUGAUGAACGAUAGAAGAAAAAAGAAGAAGAAAGGUAAGAAGAAAGUGGAAAAGAUCUCUGUUGAAUUGGAGUAG